UGCGCAUUGAGGGGCAGCAGCAGCCCCUGUGAAAAACAACAACAAUCACUACGGAGGGGCCAAGAAAAAGACAUGGCUCCGUGAAACCGUCUGGCCCUAAUCACAGUUCUUAUCCCAGCCAGACUGCUGCUGCUGUUUCUACCGGAACAUUAUAUGUGGAUGGUGCCGAGCCCAUGAACUUGGCCAGUCAAAGCGGGGAUGCAGGCGGAAGCCAGCUCCUCUUCGCCAACUUCAACCAGGACAACACCCACAAAACACAUGCAGUCCAGGUGUCAGCGGACACGGAGGAUGUGUGUAUCGUGGAGCGUCUGUUCUCCAGCAGCCUGGUGGCCAUCGUGAGCCUGAAGGCCCCGAGGAAGCUCAAAGUCUGUCACUUCAAGAAGGGAACGGAGAUCUGCAACUAUUCCUACUCCAACACUAUACUGGCCGUCAAACUCAACAGACAGAGGCUGAUAGUCUGUCUGGAGGAGUCACUUUACAUUCACAACAUCCGAGACAUGAAAGUGCUGCACACUAUCAGAGAAACCCCCCCCAACCCAUCAGGAUUAUGCGCCCUCUCCAUCAGCAAUGAUAACUGUUAUCUGGCCUACCCAGGCAGCGCUACGAUAGGAGAGGUCCAAGUGUUCGACACAGUCAACCUGCGGGCUAACAUGAUCCCAGCUCACGACAGCCCGUUAGCGGCUCUGGCUUUCGACGCCAGUGGAACCAAACUGGCCACCGCCUCGGAGAAGGGCACAGUCAUCCGAGUCUUCUCAAUCCCAGAGGGACAGAAGCUCUUUGAGUUUCGGAGAGGAGUCAAGAGGUGUGUGAGCAUCUGCUCGCUGGCGUUCAGCAUGGAGGGCCUGUACCUGUCGGCCUCCAGCAACACAGAGACCGUCCACAUCUUCAAACUAGAGACGCAGAAGGAGAAGUAUGUGCCAGCGGAAGAGCCCACCACAUGGGGGGGGUACCUGGGGAAGGUGCUGAUGGCGUCCACCACCUACCUGCCUUCUCAGGUGACGGAAAUGUUCACACAGGGCCGAGCCUUCGCCACCGUACGCCUGCCCUUCUGCGGACACAAGAACAUCUGCGCCUUAGCUGUGAUUCAGAAGAUUCCCCGGUUGUUGGUGGCUGCGGCUGAUGGUUACCUGUAUCUGUACAACCUGGAUCCACAGGAGGGGGGGGAAUGCACACUCAUGAAGCAGCACAGGUUAGACGGCAGUGCUGAGCCAUCCAAUGAGAUCCUGGAGCAGUCACAUGACCGCCCUCUGGUGGCCCAGACCUACAGCGCCGCCGUCACUAAAGGUUACAGCGAGGAGCAGGGCGCUGUCGGGGGGGCGGGGCUUGAAGACGACCUGAACGACCUGCGCUUAGAGGAGGAGAACGAGCAGCCGCCGCUCAUCCUGGAAACUGACUGACUGACUUAACGGAUGGCUGUUCCCACCAAUCAGAGAGCUCCUCUGGUGCUGCUAUGAACAUGUGACAGAAGGAGGUGGGAGGGGGGGGCGGGGUCAGAGACGGGGGUGUUUUUAAACGCUGUUCAAGAGCCCGUCUGUCAGUCUGUCUGCGUUUAUCGUUCACAAACAAUUUUCUCCUCACUUCUGCCCUCCUUUAAUCCUCGCUCCCUUUUCCCCUCAGUUCGCCUGCGCAGGCCAAACUGACGCUUUGCAUGUGCCAACUGCUAAAAGAAAACAUGCUCCAAUGUGAAAACGAGUAAAUGUGAGUGUGUGUGUGUUUGUCUAAAAAAAGAAAAGAACAUGUAGCUGUGUCUCCACUUAAAGACACACAGACGCAAGCACUGUGUAAAAUGAAAGUGAUUGUGUAAGUGCCUCUCUGCCCCGCUGUCAUGGUUUCUCUUUGCAUCGGCUUAAUAAAAUCUAUUUUCAGUUGUCGGAUCUUAACGGAGGGUGUGUGUACUCUCUUUACUUUCCUCUCACACACACACAGUGUCCAGGAUCGCUCCUCCGGCUCGACUUUACCCUCCAAAGAAUCAUUUCAGAAGCCUUCGGCAUGAGGCAGAGGUGUUUGCGUUCAAGUGUGCGCUUGUGCUGACACUUCAUUUGUGUGUGUGUGUGUGUGUGAGAGUGUGUGUGUGUGCUGGGCAUGUACAUUAGCAAAACACUGAGUAAUUAGCCCCAUCCCCUGCUCACUUGUACCUCAUCCAAACUGGCUCAGUGGAUUCCCCGCCCACCCUGUCAUCAUGGCCUGCAGUCAUUGGUUGAUUUUAAAUUGAUAUUAAUGAUCUUUUUCUUAAAUCUACAUAACCGACGAUGUAUCAUGCGUAAGAAAACAUGCAUGGUGUUGUUGACGUGGUACUUCGUCCAUACAUCGGAGAUAUAAAGGCAGUCAGUAUGCAGGAAGUGAUCAAUCAUCUUCCUCUCCUCCACUGUACAUUAGACAUGGCAGGACAUCACUGUACCAUAGUGUCAGGUUAUGACCAGCGAUCAGGAGUGAACUGCAGAGUAUAAUUUGACUGAUCUGGAGCUCAGACUGAGCCUCAUCAUCUGAUGCUGCAUGAUUCCCCCAUAAUCCUUUUGGUGUCUGAGGCCGCGAAGACCAGGAUCAGCCGGGGGAUUGUCAGGCAUUUUCUAAUGAUUUUGUACAAAAUGUGAAACGUUCAUCUGAAACUAAAAUGAAAAUAAAUUCCAUGUUGAUGUAUGAGA